AUGAAGCGAGUUAUCCGAGAUCUGGUGGAGAAGAACGACGAAGAAGAUGCUCAAGCAGAAGGGGAUGAGAAUGCUGCUGAUGAGGACGAAUUGCCAGAGGAUGAAGACAAUGAAAGCGAUCAGGAUGAUCGCAAAGAAAGACAAAAAGCAGCAGAGUUCGAGAAGAACAGCUUUCGCUCUCCGAAGUUCUGGCUUAAAUGGCAAGGUCAGCUCCUGACUGAUGGAGCGGAAGAAGAAUUCAUCACGGAUGGUGGUUAUAUCGUCUUCUCUGGAAAUGCUUGCGAGAAGUUUGAUGGCACUCUCAGCUGUGAGAAGCUGGGAUGGAAGAAUGCCAAAGUCAGUGGGUGGAAGAUCAAAGGCAUGUCUGCGAGGGACUUUGAGAUUGAGUGGGUUGCUGAGAAGGAUAUCGAAAGUUGA